UACGCCCACCCCCCAGUCACUGUCCCUUCCAACCCCACCAUAAUGUGGUGUAAGCAGCAGUCUUGUAUGCAUGGAUGAGGGUUUGUCAGGUCUUGAGGUGUGGUGUGUUUGCUGGUCUGUGCCAUGACACCACAAAGUGACGUUGAUUGGCAGGAAAAUGGACGCAUGAAUGAAAGGGAGGAUGGAUUGAUCGGCACUAAAGGGGAUCUCCAUGUGAAUAGUCCAUUUUUCUGACCACACCAUGUUGGAAAAUAAAAGCUAGGGCUGGGACAGUCUGCAGAUGUUGCUGUGGAUGUGAUAGCAAGUGACUACAGGGCCAGUAUUGCUGGUGAUUGACGGUCGAUUGGUGAUGGUAAUAAAGCAAACACUGGUAAAAGCUGGAGUAACAACAUAGGGUGGUUCAGCCAUCUUGAAUGCUGGAACAAUAUUUCAUACAAUAUCAACACAUUCCCUUUUAGGUCAUACAGUUGUCUCACAUCAUUGGAUUGUCAACAUCUGUAUUCUAUUUCUGUAUUGUGAAAAUCUAUAUUUUUAUAGUAAAGGUAAAAUCACGCCACGAGCAAGAAAGCAAUGUCGUACAUUCCGGUUGUACAGGCCAUUUAGUGACUUGGUAUCGCCCUUCAUAACAAACUGGCGAGUUUCCCUCCUGCUGCGCCGCCACAAACCAACCACGUGGGGGCGCCUCGACGACGCGCCACCACUUUGGCUCGGCCCCGGUCACGUGACCGCUGGGUCUCAGCUGCGCUCCCAGUGCGGGCGGUCCGUCAUGGCGGUGUCUGGUGGUGGGAGACUCUGGGAUGGAGUAAACACCACCGCGGCCUCUUGAGUCCUUCUGCCGCUCUUCAUGCGGGACCGUCGCCUCCACCCACCGCGAUAUCACCGACACUCAGCAGCAGGCUGCACGCGAUCCCCGCUAUGGCCGACCGAGGCGUCGAUUCCUCGGCUCUGCCUAAAGAGGUCAGGGACCAACUGGCGGAGUUGGACCUGGAGCUGUCCGAAGGUGACAUCACCCAGAAGGGCUAUGAGAAGAAGAGGACCAAGCUCCUGGCACCAUACAUCAUCCACCCCCCAGCGGAACCGCCCCCAAGGAACGAUGCACAACCGCCCGCUCCCAGUUCUUCCUCCGGCCGUGGCCCGCCUUCUUCCAGCUCAUCCCGUUACCGUGAACGGCGUUCUCGAAGAACACACCGUAAUGGCGGCACCAGGGAUGACCGCUACAGAUCAGACGUCCACAGUGAAGCUGUACAGGCCGCUCUGGCCAAACAUAAGGAGGAGAAGAUGGCGCUGCCCAUGCCUACAAAACGCCGCUCGGCCUACGUGCCCUCCCCAAUGGAAACACGUACGCCGCCAGACUCCUCCUCAGCCUCAGAAGAAGAGAUGUCUGUGCGUAGGCAGUCGGCGGCGUUCCCGGCCCCCUCCCACAAUCCCAGCUUGCAGAGCCCCGACUGUUGGAUCAACCGCACCACCCGGGGCUCUUCCACCUCCUCCUCGGCCUCCUCCACCAUGUCCCACGGGGAGGCCAAGCCUCCAUCCCAGAACCAGCCUCAGCCUCAGUACAAGCCCCCAUACCCGGCCCUGUACAAGCCCCACCCCCAGCCCGACCCCCACACCACCACCUCAGACUUGAUGGCGUACAGUCGCAUUGCCCCCCAAGAGACCAGCGCCCCGCCUCCAGAUGCGCCGGCCAGAGGGCGGCGGGUGGACCUGCCGUGCGGUAACACAGUGCGUGGGAUGAGUGGUUCCAGCAUGAUGGAGACUGCAGACGGAAGAAUGAAUCUGCAGAGGGUUCCAGUCAGCAGCAGGGUGUCCACCAAGAUCCAGCAGCUUCUAAACACCCUGAAGAGGCCGAAGAGGCCCCCCCUCAGCGACUUCUUCACUGACGACUCUGAGGAGAUAGUAGAAGCGCCCCAGCUGGACCCCAACACACCCAAGCCGGAGGGCCGUCAGAUCAUCCCGGUGAAAGGCGAGCCUCUGGGGGUGGUCAGUAACUGGCCCCCGGCCUUGCAGGCGGCGUUGGCCCGAUGGGGGGCCACCCAGGGGAAAAGCCCCGCCCUCACGGCGCUUGACAUCACAGGCAAAGCGAUGUACACGCUGACCUAUGGGAAGCUGUGGAGUCGCAGCGUGAAGCUUGCCUACACGCUCCUCAAUAAGCUGGGCACCAAGAACGAGCAGAUCCUGAAAGCCGGAGACAGGGUGGCGCUGGUGUACCCCAACAGUGACCCGGGGAUGUUCUGGGUUGCCUUCUACGGCUGCCUCCUGGCCGAGGUCAUCCCCGUGCCCAUCGAGGUGCCGCUGUCUCGUAAGGACGCGGGAAUCAGCCAGGUGGGCUUCCUCCUCGGGAGCUGUGGUGUGGGCCUGGCGCUGACCAGCGAGAUAUGUCUGAAGGGUCUGCCGAAGACCCCAACUGGAGAAAUCAUGCAGUUCAAAGGAUGGCCUCGGAUGAAGUGGGUGAUUACAGACUCCAAAUACCUGACCAAGCCUUCCAAAGACUGGCAGCCGCACAUCCCCACGGCCAACACUGACCCGGCGUACAUCGAGUACAAGGCCAACAAGGAGGGCACCGUGGUGGGCGUGGCUGUGUCCAAAGUCGCCAUGCUGACCCACUGCCAGGCGCUGACUCAGGCAUGCAGCUACUGCGAGGGGGAAACGUUAGUCAACGUUCUGGACUUCAAGAAGGACAUGGGUCUGUGGCACGGCGUUCUCACGGCUGUGAUGAACAGGAUCCACACUGUCAGUGUCCCCUACGCCGUCAUGAAGGCCUGCCCUCUCUCCUGGGUGCAGAGGGUCCAUGUUCACAAAGCUCGCUUGGCUUUGGUGAAGUGCCGGGACCUGCACUGGGCCAUGAUGGCCCACCGGGAGCAGAGAGACAUCAGCCUAGUGUCUUUACGGAUGCUGAUUGUUGCCGAUGGCGCCAACCCCUGGUCUGUUUCCUCCUGCGAUGCCUUCCUCAACGUCUUCCAGUCUCACGGGCUGAAGCCUGAGGUCAUCUGUCCCUGUGCCACGUCCCCUGAGGCCAUGACGGUGGCCAUACGCAGGCCUGGAUUACCGGGGGCGCCACUUCCUGCCCGUGCCGUCCUUUCCCUUGGUGGGCUGAGCCACGGUGUCAUCAGAGUCAACACAGAAGACAAGAACUCGGCCCUCACUGUGCAGGACGUGGGGCAUGUCAUGCCAGGAGCUCUGAUGUGUAUUGUAAAACCAGACGGGCCUCCCCAGCUGUGUAAAACAGAUGAGAUCGGCGAGAUCAUCAUCAACUCCCGAGCCGGAGGCACCAUGUACUACGGCCUGCCCGGUGUCACCAAAAACACCUUUGAGGUGAUACCGGUCAACGCUAACGGAGUCCCCAUCGGAGAGAUCCCGUUUGUGCGUUCAGGACUGUUGGGUUUUGUUGGUCCGGGCAGUCUGAUCUUUGUUGUGGGAAAGAUAGAGGGUCUCCUGCAGGUGAGCGGACGGAGACACAAUGCAGACGACCUGGUGGCCACUGCACUAGCUGUGGAACCGGUCAAGACUGUGUACCGUGGGAGGAUCGCCGUGUUUUCAGUCACCGUGUUCUACGACGAGAGAGUCGUGAUCGUAGCCGAGCAGAGGCCAGACGCUAGCGAGGAGGACAGCUUCCAGUGGAUGAGCCGCGUGCUUCAGGCCAUCGAUAGCAUCCACCAGGCGGGCCUCUAUUGCCUCGCUCUGGUCCCGGCCAACACGUUACCAAAAACCCCUCUGGGGGGCAUCCACAUCUCCGACACCAAGCAGUUCUUCUUAGAGGGCAGCCUGCACCCCUGCAACAUUCUCAUGUGCCCCCACACCUGUGUCACCAACCUGCCCAAACCUCGCCAGAAGCAGCCAGUUGGCGUUGGCCCCGCGUCAGUGAUGGUGGGAAACCUGGUGGCAGGGAAGAGGAUCGCCCAGGCGGCUGGCAGAGAGCUUGGCGUGAUUGAGGACCAGGAUCUUGUUCGGAAGCUGUGUAUGUGGCCCACCGUCAUGCAUCAGUAUUUGACGGAGGCUCUUCAGUGGAGGGCGCAGACAGACCCUGACCAUCUUCUCUUUGUGCUUCUGAAUGCCAAGGGUGUGGCUGUGAGCACGGCAACCUGCGUUCAGCUUCACAAGCGAGCUGAGAAGAUCGGUGCGGCACUCAUGGAGAAAGGCAGCAUCAACACGGGCGAGAACGUGGUGUUGCUUUAUCCUCCUGGGAUUGACUUGAUCGCCUCUUUUUACGGCUGCCUCUACGCCGGCGUCGUUCCCGUCAACGUCAGACCUCCGCACCCUCAGAACCUGGCAGCCACCCUGCCCACUGUCCGUAUGAUCAUUGAUGUCAGUAAAGCUGCGUGCAUCCUCACAACUCAGAACCUGAUGCGGAUUCUUCGCUCCAAAGAGGCCGCCGCAUCAGUGAACAUUAAAACAUGGCCGACAAUCAUAGACACCGAUGACCUUCCUCGCCGUCGGCCUCCUCAGAUCUAUAAGCCGCCCACAGCGGAGAUGAUUGCCUAUCUGGAUUUCAGCGUGUCCACUACGGGCAUGCUCACUGGAGUCAAGAUCUCGCAUGCAGCGGUCAGCGCGCUGUGUCGCUCCAUAAAGCUGCAGUGUGAGCUUUACUCUUCUCGCCAAAUCGCCAUCUGCCUGGACCCCUACUGCGGUCUGGGCUUUGUCUUGUGGUGCCUCGCUAGUGUCUACUCAGGUCAUCAAUCCAUCCUGAUCCCUCCCUUUGAGCUGGAGAGCUGCUUGUCUUUGUGGCUGAGCACGCUCAGUCAGUACCGCGUCAGAGACACCUUUUGCUCCUAUUCCGUCAUGGAGUUCUGCACCAAAGGACUGGGCAUGCAAACAGAGUUGCUCAAGGCCCGUGGUGUCAACCUGUCGUGUGUGCGAAGCUGCGUGGUGAUCGCAGAGGAGCGCCCUCGCCUGUCCCUCACACAUUCUUUCUCCAAGCUCUUUAAGGAUCUGGGCUUGUCAACCCGAGCUGUCAGCACCGCUUUUGGCUCUCGGGUCAACCUGGCUGUUUGCCUGCAGGGUACCACUGGUCCUGAUCCAUGUACGGUCUAUGUGGACAUGAAGUCCCUCCGCCAUGACAGGGUGAGACUGGUGGAGAGAGGAGCUCCUCAGAGUCUUCCGCUGAUGGAGUCUGGCAAGAUCUUGCCGGGCGUUCGAGUGAUCAUCGUGAACCCAGAGACCAGAGGCCCGCUCGGGGACUCUCAUCUGGGAGAGAUUUGGGUCAACAGCCCCCACAAUGCCAGCGGUUACUACACCAUCUACGGAGAGGAGGGUCUUCAGGCCGACCACUUCAACACCAAGCUGAGCUUUGGAGACCCGCACACGUUAUGGGCAAGAACCGGGUACUUGGGCUUUGUGAAGAGGACCGAGCUGCUGGAUGCCAGCGGAGAUCGGCACGAUGCUCUUUUUGUGGUGGGAUCACUGGACGAGACCCUGGAGCUACGCGGCCUUCGCUACCACCCUACUGACAUCGAGACCUCAGUCUCUCGUGCACACCGCAGUAUCGCUGAAAGUGCGGUGUUUACGUGGACCAACCUUCUGGUGGUGGUGUCGGAGCUGUGCGGGUCAGAGCAGGAUGCGCUGGACCUGGUGCCUCUGAUAACAAAUGUGGUCCUGGAGGAGCACCACCUCAUCGUGGGCGUGGUGGUCAUUGUGGACCCCGGGGUCAUACCCAUCAACUCCCGGGGGGAGAAGCAACGCAUGCACCUUCGGGAUUCUUUCUUGGCGGACCAGCUGGAUCCCAUCUAUGUUGCCUACAACAUGUAAGAGGCUGGGCGGCCAUGUUUGAAUAAUCACUGUGUUUGAUUGACAUGCAAAUCAGCCCCAAGCAGCAAAAUGCAACUGCCGGGAGCCCCCCCCCCAAAAGAAAAUAAUCUAUGUAAUUGCACUUCUUAUGUAAAGGGCCCAUCACACACACCCACUUUGGAAAUUCCAUCUUAUUGCCUUUACAUUAAUAGCCAUGAUAUUUCAUCUAUGUACACACACACACACACACACACAUACACGUGCGUGUGCUUUCCCUCGGUCACCCAAAAGCAAAACACGAGACAAGCUUCUUGUUCGACGCUGCAUUCACACUCGUCAUGUUUGGCUUCAAAGUCACUGAUACCGUCCACCAUUCAUUGCCGAUACUGAUAUCAACCCAUACCGAUACAAGCAGCACUUCUUUCCUCAAGCUAAUAUCAGGCGACAUCUCACCUACUGGUCAUAAGCAACACUUCACUAUCAUGCCAAUACCGCAAUAUGCAAUACAACUUCUACAUACAUAUACUAUUAGACCAACACUGCAAUAUGCAAUACAACUUCUACAUACAUAUACUAUUAGACCAAUAGUGCACGGUGAUAUUGCCAUUGGCAGACAAGCGGUUCCUCAUACCUGGUAAUGGUUAUUAUUGUGUUGCGUGUGCCGGACGCCAUCGUGCCAGCAAACAAGCAAUAUGACCCGUACGCAGACCUGCCUUAAAAUGACAGGAAUCCAAAAGUAGGCAGGAAUGACAACACAAGUCUUUCUUAAGUAUAUUUUGCCAUCUGUUCAUGAAGGUAAAGAUGAUCUCUGUAAGUUCAUUCAUUCAUUCAUUCAUUCAUUUUCUACCGCUUUUUCCUCAUGAUGGUCGCGGGGGUGCUGGAGCCUAUCCCAGCUGUCUUCGGGCGAGAGGCGAGGUACACCCUGGACUGGUCGCCAGCCAAUCACAGGGCACAUAUAGACAAACAACCAUUCACACUCACAUUCAUACCUUUAGACAAUUUGGAGUCGCUAAUUAACCUAGCAUGUUUUUGGAAUGUGGGAGGAAACCGGAGUACCCGGAGAAAACCCACGCAUGCACGGGGAGAACAUGCAAACUCCACACAGAGAUGGCCGAGGGUGGAAUUGAACCCUGGUCCUCCUAGCUGUGAGGUCUACGCGCUAACCACUCGACUCUCUGUAAGUUGUUUUUUCCAAACCACAAGUGUGAAUGCAGCCUUGGUAAUGUGUGUGUUAACUUGCGUGUCCCAAGAUAAGAAAAAAAGCCCUAAUACUUCAUAUGUAAGAUAGUAUUUCCUGCCUUAUGAAGUUCCACAUUCCUCUCUUGGCUUUUAUGGAAUCCAUGUUUCUUUUCCUUUGGCUUGAAAAGAUGUUGCCCAUCCUGCCGAGGAUGCAAAUAAAAAAAGAGGCUUGUACUUGGAAAGUCCUCUUUGUAUUUUGGAUACAUGUAAAUUCCCGUUUUGAAUUGUACAAAUGUGACUUCCAUGGACUGUACAUAGGAUAGAAGAGCUUUGCGGUACUGUCAUGUGAUGCAGGGUUCAUGUUGCACUUUCUUCACAGCCAACACAAGUGGAUUUUGGGACACUCUUGUGGCUAGCAUCAUGUUUAUGUUACGGGGGGGCUGUUGCUGUUUAAGGCCAUAAAGAAUUCCAAAGUGUACAUGAGCAGCCUUUCUACCUUCACAGCACUCAAAAGCGCUUUUACUGUACUGUACACCGUUGCCUCGCUCAGCCAAUCGCACGCAGGUAGAGAUUGAAUAGAGAAGCCAAUACGGGCCGCCACUCAGAGUACGUUCAUCACAGUGGCUUCAUGGGAAUGACUGACACGCUGUUGCACCAAUUCCAGACAUGAUUAUUCCAAUGUUUUGGACGAGUCGAUGAUGCUAAUAUUGAUGCUCUUGACUGGAUUCAGUGUAGCAAAGGCAUGUGUGCAUUCUACCUUGCUCUCUGCCAUCUUUUGUACAUUCCUAUUUCCUCCUUUUACGUGGGUAUCAAGUUUACGCCAUGUCCCGUUCCAACAUCAUCUUGCCUGCAUGUACUAUGAUCUCAUCAUUAUCCCAUUUUCCUUUCUCAAAGAUUACCAGGAAGAAAUACACUCCUGAUCCAAAUGUAAGAGUGCUUGAAGGAGUGAAGAUCGUACAUGUUGCACUAUUGGACGUUCACAGGGUUCCAAGUGGAGAUUGAAAAUGCAAAAACAAAAGGGAGUCAAAAAAGCAACUGUUUGCAAAGAAGCAUCGAAGUGAAAUCGAUGCUAAGUGGAAUAGCACAGCCCUUAAAGGGGACCUACUAUGCUCGUUUUUCCACCCUGGUUUCCUAUAAAGCAGCUAUACACAAUAACCAGCUUUCUGGAUCUUCCACAAUGUGCACCUAUUCCAGCUGGAUUUUCUUGGAAUUGUGUUUCCCGCCAAAAUGCUGUUUUAAUUUAUUAAAAAGUGGGCACACCCACUCCGCUGUGAUUGGUCACAUGGCCAAAGUGCUUCCUAACUACGAACGAAGCCCACUUCCAAUUAUAGUGGGUAUGGGAGUUGAUAAUUAAUGAAUAAAGUAUUUGGAGAGCUAAUUGAAAAGUUAAAAGCUACUGGGCGGAGACCCCUGACUUACCGUGUAUGAACUCAGAUUGGUAACGUAGCACUUAGGGCGGUGGAGCGCAGGAGAAGCAGGACGCACAGCAUGUCCAAACGUGCUGCUUCUGGCUUCAGCAACCGUUUCACGUUCAUGGUCACAAAAAACAGUCCCGUGAGAUGCCUUGACAGAUUAAAAAAUAUUUUCCUCUUACUCCAAUAACUUCUACCUGAACUUGUGUCGUAAACAGAGAAGCAGAGCUUGGGGGAUGGGCAGAGAGCGUCUUGUGCCUACAGCCACACCCGUAAGGAAGCUUGCGCCUGUGACCUCACAAAGGAACAGUUAUGCAAAUUCUUUUAGGGCUCACUUCCAAAUGUGCAAACCUCAUUAUCUGAAACUCUGGUUUAAUAACAGAAUAAAACAUUCUAACUACAUUUAUAGGUCAAAAAAGUGGGAAAAGCAUCAUAGGUCGCCUUUAAAAUGCAAAAUAUUGGUGAAAAUGUGGAUGGAAUGAUUUAGUGUCAGGUAUUCCCACUGCCGUAAUCGCUUCAUGGCCAAGGCAGAAAAGCUUCCUUUCUUGGAACAAGGUAGGAUUCAUAAGAGAGGACUCUUCCAGUCCGCCAUUGCUGCUGAGUUUAAAGGUCAUGGAAUAAGCAGCUUCUACUUAUAUUUCGACUUGGCCACACCUACAACAAGCAUCAAAGGCCCCCCUUUUACUUUUGGGACCAACACCAUCCAUGUCGGUGCAGAGAAAGCCUAUUUAUUUUGGAUAUAUCUUCUUUUUAUUAUUCUUAGCCAGCCACUGAAGCCCAGGCUUUAAGGGGUUAAUGUUGCAGCAAAAUGCUAGCGUGACUCCAGAAUGAGAGAGGUGUGCUGUGAGGUGCAAAAGUGUAGAAAAAGAUCUUUAUAGAGAGUAUAUAUAUACGUAUGUAUGACAUAUUCAGGGAAUAAAACUAACACAGGGAUGGUGGACCAGGUGGUCCGCUGGUGCAAAUACUGAAACCCCAUUACAUAAUAAUGCAUCAGCAUGACCGUAUUCAAGGAGCAAAGAGGAGGUGGGCUUACUGCCCAUCUCUCAUCUGGCCACGUUGCUACCAAGUCAUUCUGACGUCAACUCCUACACACUAUGCAAACCUGACCACAUUUCUUUGUCACCCAUGCUGAAACCUUUGGGAUUAACCGUAAAGUCACUGCUAACCUUUUUCUAAGUACUCCUUUCAUUUGUUAUCUUGAUGUCGUGUACGCAUGUUCUACAAAUACCUGAUUACUUCUUCACACGUUCUUCAAGGCAUCAUAACCCCUUUCCACCUCACCACUGAUUUGACUUGGUUGUAAUUUUGUUUUCUAUUUCAUGUCUGAGUAAUAAAAAUGAAUCAAGAAAAGCA